AUGUGCCAAGUCAAUGCAUCAGCAACGUUUUUAUUUCCUGACGAUUGCCCAAAACAAAACAAGAUAUGGGGAUCAAUUAUAUCAAUGUCACAAGAUAAGAAUCCUAAAUUAAUUGUACCAAAAUCAGAUAUUUGUCCAAAAUGCGGAGCUUUCAAAACUCCUCAAACAGGAUGCUGCCCAAUAUGCGAUCCUGCAAAAUUUUAUGAUAAAGAUACUACAUUAUAUUCUUUAGAUUACAAAAUUAAAAUCGAUAAUGAAAUUCAUGAACACCUUAUCUGCUUAGUCAUAGAUCUUUCAAUGCCAGACAGACUGCUUCAAGACUUAAUUUCAGCUAUUUCUUCUCAAUUUGGAUAUUUUGCUUUAGAAAAUGUCAAAUUCAUGCUUAUUUUCUUAUGCCAAUGUCCUUUAUAUAUUCACAAACGCAAUAAUACAUUACAUGUCGGAUAUGAACAGAUUUUUUAUCAAGAUUCAAAAUAUAUUUUUGAAAUUAAUGAAUUUAUUGAAAUAUUACUCGAUAUUUAUCCAAUAAUACAAACAUGUAGCCGAUUGCCAAUGAGUUCGCAGUCAUUUCAUGGUUUUUUGGACCAAAUUAAAUCAGAAAAUAUCACAUCUUUACUUUUAUUCCAUAAUUUUCCAUUAAUUCCUUAUCCACCAACUCCAUUUAAAGUACAUAGUAUUUUUGUUGCAUCAAAUACUCCAGUUCCUACGAAUAUGAUCCAAAUUUCUUUGGAAAAUAAUUUGACAUGGAAUUCCGGCUCAAUUAUUCACAAAUCUCUCAUUGAUUAUAUCAAAAUGUGCAUGAUGGAGCCGUUCGGACCAUUAGACAUCAAGAUAUUCGUUUCCGAAGGUUUAGAAAUUGAAUGGCUUUGUAAUGAAGAAAAUGAAAAAAAUUACCAAGCGAAAAAACUCAAUUUUACGAUCAAAAACAGCUGCAAGGAUACAUCAUACGCAUUGACAUUGAAUGAAGGAAGCAAGUACAGCCAUAAGAAGAUAUUUACAAUGCAAAUUGCCACAAAAUCCGAAAAUGGAAUUUAUAUAACAAAUCGAGUUUGGCAGAAAGCAGAAACGAUGGAAGAAUGGGUUACAUCAUUGAAUCCUAUUGUCAUAUCAUCUAUUUUUGCUCGCCAAGUUGCAGCUCAUCGAGUUUUUUACGCGAAAAAAGGAAUUUUCCAGAAAACUAUCACAUGGAAGAUCUCUUUGUUCGAGAAUCUCAAGGGAACAACAAUACUCCUCAAAAGAGCUAUAUCUAGCAUUUCAAAAUUGCUCUCAAACGAACCUCCGAUUUUACCUCCAGAUUUACUUUCUUUAAUCCAUUUUAAUUUGAUCACAAAAGGAUAUGCGUAUAACGCUGACCUUGUCAAUGCAGUAGUUAGUUGCGAUGCUGAUUAUUUAAUUCCAAUUCCACCAUUAUUAAUAUAUUCCAACAAGAGUCCGACAUUUACUGAUGAAGAUUUAGUUGCAUAUGAAUGGUGCGUGACGCCAAUACCUGUUUUAGUUGAUAAAUCUAUUUUUGAUAGAAUUCGAAAUUCAGUUUUGGAAUAA